GGGAGCGCCGCGCGGAGGCGGGCGGCGGGCUGGAGGGCGAGCGGAGCGGCAGCUGCGGGCGCGGAGGGCGGGCUCGGCGCCGGGGCAGCAGCUGCCGUCGCUCUGAGGCCCGAGGCCGGGCCGCGCCUGCCGGUCCAUGAGCCCCGAGUGAGGCCGGGCGCCUCCCCUGCGUCCCCGAGCGCAGCGCAGCGCCGCCGCGGCCGGAGCGGAGCGGGAGCAUGUCGGACGGUUUCGAUCGGGCCCCAGGUGCUGGUCGGGGCCGCAGCCGGGGCCUGGGCCGCGGAGGGGGCGGGCCCGAGGGCGGCGGUUCCCCGAACGGAGCGGGGCCGGCGGAGCGGACGCGGCCCCCGCCGCAGCCCCCGGCGCCGGGCUUCCAGCCGCCGCCGCCGCUGCGCCAGCCGCGGACGGCCCCGCCGCCAGGGGCCCAGAGCGAGCUCCCCGUCGGGCCCGCGCGGCCGCCCGCAGAACAAACGAGACCCCAGGACAGCAUCCCCCUGCAGAACUCGGAGCCCGCGAUGGCCAAACCCCAGGUGGUCGUCGCCCCGGUGCUGAUGUCCAAGCUGUCUGCGAACGCCCCUGAGUUCUACCCCUCGGGUUAUUCCAACUACACGGAAUCCUAUGAGGAUGGCUGUGAGGAUUAUCCCACUCUAUCUGAAUAUGUUCAGGAUUUCUUGAAUCAUCUUACAGAGCAGCCUGGCAGUUUUGAAACUGAAAUUGACCAGUUUGCAGAGACCCUGAAUGGCUGGGUUAUAACAGACGAUGCUUUGCAAGAACUUGUGGAACUCGUCUAUCAACAGGCCACGUCCAUUCCAAAUUUCUCCUACAUGGGAGCUCGCCUGUGUAAUUACCUGUCCCAUCACCUGACAAUUAACUCACAGAGUGGCAACUUCCGCCAAUUGCUACUUCAAAGAUGUCGGACUGAAUAUGAACUUAGAGAUCAAGCUGCAAAGGGGGAUGAAGCAACUCGAAAACGAUUCCAUGCCUUCGUGCUCUUUCUGGGAGAACUUUAUCUUAAGCUGGAGAUCAAAGGAACAAAUGGGCAGGUUACAAGAGCAGAUAUUCUUCAGGCUGGUCUUCGGGAGUUGCUGAAUGCCCUCUUUUCUAACCCUGUGGAUGAUAACCUAAUUUGCGCAGUAAAAUUACUAAAGUUGACAGGGUCAGUGUUGGAAGAUGCCUGGAAGGAAAAAGGAAAGACGGACAUGCAGGAAGUUAUCCAGAGGAUUGAAAAUGUCGUCCUGGAUGCGCACUGCAGCAGAGACGUGAAGCAGAUGCUCUUGAAGCUUGUAGAGCUCCGGUCAAGUAACUGGGGUAGAGUCCAUGUAACCUCAACAUACAGAGAAGCAACACCUGAAAAUGACCCCAACUAUUUUAUGAAUGAACCAACAUUUUAUACAUCUGAUGGUGUUCCUUUCACUGCAGCUGAUCCAGAUUACCAAGAGAAAUAUCAAGAGUUACUUGAAAGAGAAGACUUUUUUCCAGAUUAUGAAGAAAAUGGAACAGAUUUAUCAGGCGCUGGUGAUCCAUACUUGGAUGAUAUUGAUGAUGAGAUGGACCCAGAGAUAGAAGAAGCUUAUGAAAAGUUUUGUUUGGAAUCAGAGCGUAAGCAAAAACAGUAAAGUCAAAUUUCAACGUAUCAGUCUUAUAAAGCAGUUUAGGUUAUGGUGACUUAGCAGAACACAGGAAAGCAGGAAAAUGUGUCACACUUAUACCAAAUUAAGGAUGUUGAGUUAUGUUACUAAUGUAUGCAACUUUAAUUUUGUUUAACACUCUGCCAAAAUAAACUUUAUCCCCUAUAACUUAAAAUGUGUAUAUAUAUAAGAUAGUUUAUUAUGUACAGUUAAUUCCACUGUUUUGGCUGCAAUAAAAUGGAUUUUGAAAUAAAUGAAAUGUUGAAAGUAAGUUUUGCUAGCUGAUUAGAAGCUUAUCCUUUAAAUUCAGCUUUUCUCGAAGGAAAAUGUCUUAGUGUGGAAAUACAUAUUACUGCAAAAAUGUAGCAUCCUUUUUUAAGAGAUGAGUAUAUAGCUUUCAUUUAGUUUUACAUUGAGUGUCUCAAUGAAUUGGGUUUCAAGUAUGAAUCACAAUCAUAAAAAUCUCUGGCACUAAAGUCUUAGAAUAUAUAAUUAAUUUAUUUACAUAUCCAGAUGUUAUUUGAUACCAAGGGCUUUUAAAAUAGAGUUAGAACUUCCAACUAAACAACCAAGAGUCUUCACUGAGGAUACAUUGCAAUUCUAAAUUGUUCAAAUUUUUCAUCUGAUUUCAUUACCCCACAGCCCAGGACAUUAUUCUACUUUCUUUAUAUGGCUUUCUCAUUUUUAUUUGGUAGCAUGCGUUGCAUUGACUUUUUUACUAGAGAAUUUUGCUAGAUCUUUGUCACUCAAGUUUUCAUCUGCUUUGUAAUUGAUACACCUUGAGGAUCACUUUUCUAAUACUUUUACUAUAAUGUGGUAUCACCUCAGUCCUAUUUUUACCAAACGUCAAAAAUCUUUUUCCAACUAACGACAAGUAAAGCUUAUGUACAAAAGGAUUGCUUGUAAAUAUGCAUGUAAAUAGUUCUGUUAAUAACCCACUGUUUCACAUUUGGUACACCUGUGUCUGCUACUACAGUUAGCUUUCCCACUUUUCUGCUUGUUUGUUCAGUCUGGAUUAAAAUUAGUCUUUGAAAAUAAAAUUGAAAUAGUUUUGUUUCCUCUAA